CAAACCAUCUUCACCGUUUCUUUACCAAACUGAUCAACAGUGUGAAGACUUUUGUGUUUGUUAAAGGACGUUUCUAAAACCUAGAAACUGUUGCAUCUCUGUUGACUUUUUGGAGUUAAUAAGCAAAGGAAUUUGUGUGAGUGUGUGUUGUCAGGAGUGGCCUAAGACUUUUGUGUGUCCCCUCUCUCUCACUCUCUCUCUCUCUUUCUCUCCUUCCUUCUCUCAAACAGACAGAAGAGAAGCAGAAGGAGGCAGGAGAGAGGUUUGCUCCAUUUAAUCAGGUCAAAGUCAUUUAUAUUAAAUUCAUUUGUUUGUCUUUACAGAACAUGCCUGAGUAUAUUUUCUGUUUUUUUUUUCUUCUUUUCUUAAGUCAAGUCAGUGAUACUUCUCUACUACCACUAAAUACUGCAUCUAUGGUCGUGUUCUGAUCACGCCAGGACAGAAUUCCAUCAUCAUGAAGGAGCUGUCCCUCUCCCUGCUGAGUCGGGGCUGCAGUCAAGUGCUGACCUCAGAGCACAACACUGAAGGAUGUGUUGGACGACUGGACGUUUGCUUCACUCCAAAUGAUUACUACCUCUGGAAGUCCCAGGAGUCUUUGCUGCGGUUGACCAGCAGUGGGCGCCUAAUCUCUGCUGCACAGUCGGGCCUUCCUAAGACCUACAGCACUCGUCGAGGUCCCCUUCUCCUCUACUCACAGGAUCUAGUUACUGUGAAAAGAAAUGUCAAGUUAGAGGCUGGGAACAAGAAGAAGAAGGUGCACUACAGAAAUACUCCAAAUGUCCAAAAGCAGCUGAGCAACCUGAGAGAACUGACCACAGCCAUUCUGAGCUACAGCACCAGCCAGCACCCUCCAUCCAGACCGGCUCCAAACUUCUACUCUCCUUUUCAUUUCCCACCCGUGCAUGUUCCCACUCCUCUGCCGCUUAGUUCACCGAGAGCACAGCCUGACCCAGCCUGGUUUGUGCCCAUGAACUUACAGUGGCUUCCUGCAUGGAAACACACUGAACUACAAGAUAAUUCACCAGAAAAGGAAACAGAGCUGGAACACAGGAACAUCAUCAGACUGGAUGUGUUCCUUCAAAAUGCCUCUCCCUCCAGGAAUCCAUCCCCACCAGCAAAACCCCAGCCGUGGGUUCAUUACGUAGCGACAACCACAGAACCAGAAGACACUGAGACUUACUUGGACAUGUUCUUCCAGCAGCCUGAAGAUUCAGGUCCACCUUACACUGAGAUGAGACGUCGCAGCACAGAGGAGAUCCAGGAUCCGAACUUCAGCUGUGUCCAUGACAUGGUCCUGGACAGGAGCGAAGAACCUGGUGGAGCAGGGCAGCACUUCAACACUGAGCUGGAACCUCAGGGUUCUGUGUCAGGUUUGUUUCUACCUCCUUUGAGAGUGGGGAUGUCCACUCGGUUUGACCACAGUGGAGAAAGAGGACAAGACAAGAUAAGGUGGAGGAACAAGGUCAAUGAGCAGCCUGUGAUUCUGCCUGCACUGUUUCCAGAGAAAGAGGAGCUGACACGUGCAAAGACGAAAGGAGAAAAAGAAAACACAGACAGAGAGUGUGUUAAAAAUCCAACAGCAGGUCAAGGACCAGGAGGAGGAACAUGAAAGAUGAGCUUUUUAAAUGGUCCCAGGAUUAUAAUGGAGCCUGAUAAUGACCCUGGUCUAGUAGGACUGAUGGAUUCUGGUUCAGCGUUGAGGGGCCUGGGCAAACAGAGCUCCAUGGCUUAUUUACAGAACCGCCUGCAGGAUCCUCGAGAUGCUGCUAACAGAGGUGUAGUCAAAGGCCUUCUGCCCUU